AUGGGAGAAUCAAGACAAGAACUCGUCGCCUGGUUGAACAACCUUCUUCAGCUCAACAUCACCAAAGUCGAACAAUGUGGUACAGGAGCAGCCUUGUGCCAGGUCUUUGACAGCAUAUUCUAUGAUGUACCCAUGAGCCGAGUCAAGUUCAACGCCAACACCGAGUAUGCAUACCUGCAGAACUUCAAGAUAUUACAGAACACGUUUGCCAAGCACCAGAUCGACAAGCCGAUCCGCGUCGAGUCGCUAGUCAAGUGCAAGAUGCAGGACAACCUCGAGUUCCUCCAGUUUGUCAAGCAGUACUGGGACCAGCACUUCCCCGGCCACGAAUACGACCCCGUCGCCCGUCGCAAGGGCCAGGCUGGCCUUGGCUCCGGAGCCGCUCCUGCAUCUCGCCCUGCUGCCUCUGCCCGAAGAGCCCCGGCUGCUAGCAACACGGCUGCUCCCCGAACACGUACCCCUCUGGCCUCUGGAGGAGGAGCUGCCUCGGCCGCGCUGCGCGAAGAGAACAACGCACUCAAGGAGACGGUCACCGGCCUUGAGCGGGAGCGCGACUUUUACUUUAGCAAGCUUCGUGAUAUUGAGCUGUUGAUCCAGCAAGCGAUGGAGGCCGACCCCGAGCUCGAAAAAGACGAGGGACUGCUCAAGCAAAUCCAGACGAUUCUCUACUCUACCGAAGAAGGCUUCGAGAUCCCACCAGAGGCCGAGGGUGUUGAGGAGGAGACGUUCUAG